AUGCGCAGACUCAGUCUUAUGCUACCUGCGAGAGCGCCCAUCAAAGAAUCGCUGGCCAUUCGUGUUGUUGGACUACUGCUGGCGGUGCUGUGGGACCACGGCCAACAACUGCCCCUCAACAGCAAGCUCCAUGACACCUGGGCUGUUCUUCAGAACCUGUUGAUGUGUAUGCUGUGCUUCUUCUCUCUCUACUAUAUUGUGGUCAGUCUCUGCAUCUCAGGCGUUUUCAGUGAGUGUGAUCUCCACGGAGGUGACGUGUGUUCUGGGCGCGUGGAGGUGUGGGACUACGCCAUCACUGUCACACUGCUGCACGUCGCUCUGACCGUAGCAGUUAUGGCUGAUUUUCCCUCGACAGAGCACUGGUGGAUUGCUCUCGGCUCUGGGUUGUUGAUGCUGAUUUUUGGCGGGCAGCUCCUGGCUUACAGACUCUUCAGAAGUAAUUUUGUGCAUCCGGCAGAUCUUCAGAAUCUCUGACACGCUGUGGAACAUGUGCAGCGAUGGCUUUUCUCAGUUUUGUAUUUCUCUUUUUUACA